AGAGAAAGAAUUGGUAGGAAAUAAUACAGGCGUCUUAGGAAAUCAAAGUAAAAAUGGUGGCCACAAGCGUUAGUGUAGAAUUGGAUUCUCCAGUGGAGGUGAAGAAACUUUGGAAGGCAAUUGUGAAGGACGCUGAGCUCUUCCCCAAGCAAGUGCCAGGCCUAUGUUCAGCCGUCACUCGUCUCCAAGGCGAUGGAGGCGUCGGCACCGUCAUCCAAAUUGACUUCACCCCUGUGAACAAGGAUUUCAGCUACGUGAAGGAGCGGACGGAGGAAAUCGAUGAGGAAAACUUCUAUUACAGAUACAGCUAUGUGGAGGGAGGGCAGUUGGGGAUCCUCUGGGCUUCUGCCCAAUUUAAACUGAAAAUGAGCCCCAAAGCGGAGGGUGGAUCUGUCGUCAAGUUUACGUGCGAGUACGACACUCUCCCUGGCAUUUCUAUCGACCAAGCCAAAGUAAAAGAGAUGGAGGGUGCCUCUGUAGGUCUUUUAAAGGCCGUCGAAGCAUUUGUUAUAGCAAACCCUAGUUUAUAUGUCUAGACUAAAUUUUAGGGUUUGUGUGUUCAAUAAUGGUCUACCACUCAUGUUACCCCCUGUAUGAGAUCUAAGCAAAGUAAAUAAGUAUUUCUAAGGUGGGCUUCGAUGUCUAUUUCUGGAGACUACCUAGUUUUGUCUUUCAUUCGGUAUCUAGAUGUUUAUCAUAUAAAAUUCUAAAGACUAUUUAUACAAUGAUAAUGAUAAUAUGUAAGUUUCAAUUUGUGUUUAA